AUGUCAUUUAUGUGGACUUCUGCUUUGGCCCUGAAGUCUGCUCAGCUGCCCGUGUUCCGAAGGACGCCUUUCAUAGCAGCCUGGAACGCACCGACAGACCAUUGCUCCAUCCGAUAUAACAUAACAAUCAGCUUAAAAAUGUUCCAUGUGAUUGGAAGUCCAUUUGCCAAAGCAAGAGGACAGAAUGUGACCAUAUUUUAUGUCAACAGGCUUGGAUAUUACCCAUGGUACACUUCACAAGAAAUCCCAAUCAACGGUGGCCUCCCUCAGAAUUUCAGCUUGCAAACACAUCUGGAGAAAGCUAGCCAAGAUAUUAACUACUACAUUCCUGACAAGGAUUUCACUGGAUUGGCAGUCAUAGACUGGGAACACUGGAGGCCCCAGUGGGAGCGCAACUGGAAUACCAAAAAUAUUUACAGGAGGCAGUCAAGGAAACUAAUUUCCAAACUGCAAGAGAAUGUUCCUGCAAAUGCCAUUGAACGUUUAGCUAAAUUUUCUUUCGAAAAAUGUGCUAAGGCUUUCAUGAAGGAGACAAUUGAGCUGGGGAUUAAAAGCAGGCCCAAGGGCCUCUGGGGAUAUUACUUAUAUCCUGACUGCCACAAUUACAAUUUCCAUGAGCAGAACUAUACUGGCUCAUGUCCAGAAAAUGAACUCAUGAGGAAUAAUGAACUGUUGUGGCUGUGGAAUAGCAGCGCAGCAUUAUAUCCCUCCAUCGGCAUUAAGAAAUCCCUUGGAAGCAGUGAAAACACAUUACGCUUUUCACAGUUUAGGGUGAAAGAAUCCAUGAGGAUUUCCUUUAUGACCUCGCAUGAUUAUUCUCUUCCAGUAUUUGUAUAUACUCGACUAGACUAUAGAGAUCAGCCAUUGUUAUUUCUUUCUACGCAAGAUCUUGUUAGCACUAUUGGUGAAAGUGCUGCCCUGGGAGCAGCUGGAAUUGUUAUUUGGGGAGACAUGAAUUUAACGUCAUCAGAGGCCAACUGCACAAAGGUGAAAGAAUUCAUUGCUUCUGAGCUAGGUCCCUACAUCACCAAUGUAACCAAAGCUGCUGAGAUGUGCAGCCAACAUCUGUGUCAGAAUAAUGGAAGAUGCAUACGAAGAAACUGGAAAGCUUUGGACUAUCUUCAUUUAAAUCCUCAGAAUUUUCAAAUCAAAGCCUCAAAGGAUGAAGGAGUUACUGUGAGAGGGGUACCAUCUUCAACUGACCUUCAAAUAAUGGAGGAGAAAUUCACUUGCCAUUGUUAUCAAGGAUUUGAGGGAGUUAAUUGCAGGAAAAUUAGGACUUCGGGCUGGCAACCAGGACACUCUGUCAGUUUAAUCUCAUCCAGAAUAGUAAUUAUGAUAAACUUGGUUUCCUUCACCUUUUUAAUUGUUGAGAUUUCUUUCUGA